AUGGCCUGCAAGUUUUAUUUCGCACCCAAGCUCUCAGACCAACGAGACAAGCAUGGAAGGAGGAUGAUCUCCUAUCCUUGCAAAAUAUGUGGCUCUAGGAUUAAUCGUCCAACCUCGGACUCGUCAUGUAGUAACCUUAACAAGCAUGCAGCAACAUGCCUCCGGAAGCAAAAUGAAUCCAAGGGUCACAAAUCUCUUGCUGGACUUGGUAUCAAAGGGACUGGAGACAUCAAUCCCCAAGAGGUUAAUCAACUCUGUGCGGUAUGGUGUGCCGAGGCCGCAAGGCCUUUUUCUGCUCUAGUUGAGGAGAGCCAUAAGGUCCUGCUUCAUCCAACAAUCAAGAAGUCUUUACCAGGAAGAAGAACAAUCUCAAGAGAUAUCCACAUGUUAUACUCUGCAAUACAAGAGGAGUAUAAGGUAAUUCUCAAGGCACACACAGGUUCAUUGUACUUGGGUGUUGACGCCUGGCAGUCACCUAAUGGAUUUGACAUCCUGGGCACUGUGGUCUACCGAUUAGCCAAGGACGACUCUGGGGAAAUAAAGCUUGAGGCAAUGCCUCUCGACUUCAUUUGGCUUGCUCACAGUCACACCGGUGAAUAUUUGGCGCAGACGGUUAGCUUGGUUGUGGAAAAGUUUGGGAUUCAAGACAAGAUAUGUGGGAUUGUCAGUGACAAUGCUUCCAACAACAAGGUGAUGGUUAGUGAACUGAAGAAGAAGAAGUGGGCGCGGUUCAAAGGCGAGACGCAUUGGAUACGGUGUUUUGCCCAUGUGCUGAACUUGAUAGCUCAAGCCAUCCUCCGGCCGUUUGGAAGUCAAAAGAAAUCAAAGACAACAAACCAAUCAGGAUCAGUUCCUCUGGAUGACUCAGAAGAUUUGGGCUCUGGAGAUGAAGAAGAAGAUGCAGAGGAACAAAUACAACUGUAUUCUCAAGGCGCCGAUGAAUCAUCAUUAUUCCAUGAAGAUGUUGAUGAAAGCGACAAUGAGUCAAUUGCUCAAAAUGACCAGGAGGAAACUGAGUCGCUCAGUCUUGAUGACAUUGAAAACGCUAGUGAUGAGGAUGACUCGGACGCAUAUACAACAGAGGGUUGCAAGCAAACCUUGGCAAAAUUUCGUGCCAUUGCUAAAAAGUUAAGGUACUCCCCCAAUUCAAAGGACCAGUUUCGUCAGAUUUGUCGUGAUAAGGGAUGUGCAACUCCUCAUACGAUUGAACGAGAUGUCCGUACACGAUGGAACUCAACCCACUCCCAACUCAUCAGCAUAAUCAGAUGUGAGGAUGCCAUCCUUGAAUGGCAGAGACAUAAACGACACGGUGUUGACCGGAAGUACUACCUUGAUCAAUCAGACUUCAACUUAGCACGCCACCUGGCAGAGGUAAUGAAUAUAUUCUAUGAAAUAACCCUCCAGAUCUCGAUCCCUGGCUCGGCUCGCUUGUCCAACAUUGUCAUAUUCAUCGAUCAAAUUACUGAACACUUAUCAACCGCCAUCAGUGGGACAAAGUAUCCACCAGCAUUGCGCAAUGCUUGUCGAGUUGGCUUGAAACUAACCAACAAGUAUUAUAGCUUGACGGAUAUGUCCCCUCUCUAUAGGAUUGCAAUUGUUCUUCACCCAUCUUUUCACGACGAGUACUUUAAACUUGCUAACUGGGAACCCAAAUGGAUAUCUGAAGCAAUACGGCUCACCCGGGAGAUGUGGGUUGCUAAUUAUAAGCCCAAGCCAAUUACUCCUCCCACCUCAUCAGCAGUUGUUGCUAACAAGCCAAAGACUGGAAUGCUUGCUGGCUUGGGUAGUGCAGCCGCAGCCCGAGGAGGCCACUCAUCAACUGACCCUUUGGACAUUUGGCUUUGA